UCCAAAUGAGAAUUACGGUAUAUCUAUUGGAAUAUUGAGAUAUUAUUGCAUUGAGAAACAUGGCAUCACAUGGCGAGGUGGUCAUAGCAGUGGUGUUAAUUCUAUCACACCAGGUUUUGAUGAAACCUACUGAAGUGGAAAAGGAAAACAAAGCAGUGUCAAACUUGGAAAAGGAACUGGAAUCACAAAAGCCAACAAUAACAAAAUCCUCAGAAAACAGUGAGGACAAUGGCGAUGGAGAAUGGGGGAAUGCAGCAAAAGGAAUAGACGUCGGAAAUGUGAUUAGAGAUGUCUUAUUGACGCUUAGAGACCAUCCAGAAAUCGUCAGAAAGUUAAUAGCUGACGAGGAAAGGAACCUAGCAGAACAGGUUUUGUCAUCUGAACACGAUACAGUAUUAUCUGAUAAGGAUGAUAUUGUUCUUCCACGAGACUUUCAGUUACCUCCGCCACAACUUCAACAGGCUCCAAAGAGGGUUGUAAAAAAGAUGGGAUCAUACAAUGAAAUGAACAAAAGACAGAAGGAGAACCCAGAAGAGACUAUAGAUAUGACAUUUCCCGUAGAAGGUGGAUCGUUUGAUGCUGAUGAUAGUAUUAACCAGGAUUCAGAUGAAAUGAAACUGAUUAAAGAUAUUGAUGACACGGAACAGCUUAAGGAGGGUGGUUCAAAUCAAAUCACAUACUCUGAUCUGAAAAGAAGCCACGACUCCUCAAAAGAGGAAGAAGACUCAAAAUCAGAUGAAAGCAAUGCCUCUGAAGAAUUGACUAAAGCAGAAUACUGGAAGGCUUACAAAAAUAAUGGAAAUCAGAGACACAAACCAAGACAGCACACAUCUCGUCAUUGGAAGGAACACAAAGAAAUAAAUUCCGAUGAAAAUUCAGACAAAGUUUCAAACGAAGCUGAGGUCUGGAAAAAACAUAAAGCAAACAACCAGAAUCAAAAGAACGACCAGAGUAAGGGUGAUUUCUGGAAGAACUAUGGUAAACAAAAGGACAGUGGAAGUAAUUCAGAAUCACAAGAUGACAAAGAUAAUGUAGAUAGUCCAGAACUUGGUGAUACUGACAGCAAUGAUAGAUCUUCUAAAGACAAAACAUCAAGUAGCAGAUCGUCUGACAGCAAAGCCAGUGAUGAAAACGAGAAUGAGCUGUACAAGUUGACAAAGGAAGAGAAGCACAGAUCUGUAAUGUGAAAGUGAAAAAAGACAAACACCAUGGAUUCACAUACCAUUAGAUUCACAUAUCAUGUUUUACAUAUGCCAAAGAACUAGUAUCAUGGAAUUCAGGAUAUCAUUUAACAUAGAAGAUGACAAACCUCACUACUUCAAGAAAAUACAUAAAUUCUGAACAAUAUAAAUUGUGUAUUAUGAUCUAUUAUAGUUUUGUUCAACAUAAAAAAACAACCCUGAUUUUCCAAACUUUGUGAUGCAAUCAUCUAGUGCUGAUAUAAUCCUUGCACUUGUCACUUUUAUAAAUAAAACUACAAUAAUAAAUCAA